CGAUAAUACAAAUUAUAAAUUGUCAAAAACAAAUCGAAAGAGACAGGGAGGGAGAUAAAGAGGCAGCGGGAGGGAUAGAGAAUGAGAGAAUUUGUCAGAGACUAGUUAAAAUUCUUUAAUAGCAGAGUAUUGCUCAGAUUAUUUCAAAUAUAUAUAAAGCAAAUAUGGACGAUCGUCAUGGAAAAAAAUGUAAUUUGCAAGCCAGCUCAAUUGCUCUACGAUGGAAACCUCAAAGCUCGGCGGUCAUGCAGGUGGUGCAUCGAGAGCACGACGGCAUCGAAUUCAAGAUAAUGAACGAGCUUAUGUCGUUGGAAGAGGCGUACAGGAAUUACUUCAAGGAUUGGCAUCGCGAGCUUGACCUGCAGCGCUUGGCCUCCGAAAAGUUGUGGCCCAUAUCGCAGGAUUUGCGUGACCAAUGGGAUUCCUUUUGCCGCGAGCCGCAGCCGCGCAACGUCGAUGCCGAGGAGGUGUUAAUCACCAAAUAUCAAUUGCACUAUCAGAUCAUCUUGGGCUCGAAUCUGACCCUAAGUCGGGGCCUCGCAACCAUACGCAUGAAUCUGUUGGGGCUGCGACGAGAGUACAAUAGACUGGAUCAAAGCGAAGAGACGCCGUUCAUACUGGGAGACGCGUUCCACAAGCCAAUCAAGUUCUUUAUGCAACUGGCCGAGGAGUUGUUCAACUAUUUCUACAGCCAUUCCUUGAAGCUGGAGUGCUACUCGCGUCACUUGGAUCCAGGUGAUAUAGACUCAUUGGUUACCUAUCAGAAAAUGCUGCAGCCGCGAGAAGAGUUCGACGAUUAUCUACUACACAAUCUGAACUACUGUCAAUGUUUGCGUCCGGCUCUCCAGUGCCCGGAAUAUGUAAAACCUCAGCCGAAGGUCAAUGACGAUACACUGCCUGACACCAAGCGGCGCGCUAAGCUUAAUCGUUGUCACCAUCGCGUGCUCAAGAUGUCAAAGGAAAAAGAAGAUUCGCAAUCGUUACAAUCACUGAGAAUUGAUACAUUGGAGCUGGAUCAUGAUAUGCGUAUAAAUCACCUGAGCUCACGGCUAGCCCAACUGCGUGAAUGCAAUUCGUUGCGAACACUGGGACAGGAGCGCAGUCUCGUCCAGCGCAUGAUCUACGCACUCAGCCCAUCUCUGAUGCCUAGCAAUUAUGUACCCACCGAACACGACCCUCUAUAAUUGUGUUUUAUUACUUCAUAUCGUUACUUUCUUCUGGUUGUUGGCGCUACAGACUAGAAAUUGUAAAUUAUAGUCGAACUGCUUAAAAUAUGCAGUUCGCAAAUAAACACGGCCCGAAACAAAUUUCCAUGCAAAUGCAAUGAGCUUGUUUUUGCCAUUUCCAUUCCGACACGCAAGCUGCAAGCUGCAAUUGGCCAGAGCAUCGACUUUGGCCAGCCAACUGCACGAAUGAAGUCGCUCCAAGUGCUAUUUGCUCUUUAAGUGGGCUGGCAGCGCUGCUCGAGUUUAUCAAAUUUCCCAAGUUGUUGAUCGCGUGAUAAAUUUGUAUAAUGGGUUCACAUUGCAAGCGCAAUAUAUCAUAAUUUGUUCAUAAAAUGUGGCAGGCGUCAAAGGAAACGCAUUUUGCGCUCGUAUAAAAACUUUUCUGUUUGGCUGUUGGUGUGAAUGGACUUUUAAGUACUUGUCAGGAAAACGAAUUAUGCUGUUAUUAGUUUUAUAUAUAUGGAAACUAUGUUUGGAAACUAUUCUUAAAGUGAAUUUGCCAAGUUUUGGCUAAGACAAAACUUUGUGACUGCAACACUUA